CUAGGGUUCCCCCACAGUAGGAUUUCUGAACUAGGGCUCCCCCACAGUAGGGUUUCUGAACUAGGGCUCCCCCACAGCAGGGUUUCUCAACUAGGGUUCCCCCACAGUAGGGUUUCUCAAGUAGGGUUCCCCCACAGUAGGGUUUCUCAAGUAGGGUUCCCCCACAGUAGGGUUUCUCAAGUAGGGUUCCCCCACAGUAGGGUUUCUCAACUAGGGUUCCCCCACAGUAGGGUUUCUCAACUAGGGUUCCCCCACAGUAGGGUUUCUCAACUAGGGUUCCCCCACAGUACAGCUUGUCAACUAGGGUUCCCCCACAGUACAGCUUGUCAACUAGGGUUCCCCCACAGUACAGCUUGUCAACUAGGGUUCCUCCAC